AUGUUCCGUCCCCCAAUUUGAUCUGACUGCUGCAUAGGUUUUUACACAUUGGUAAACCCACCAAUCAUCCUCCGCUCUUACGUAUAUAUUCGCACACAGCAGAGCGUACCGGAGAAGCUGGGUAGACGAGAAGCGGUAGAGUAGAAUUGAUACUGAUGGAUGCCGCCAGCGCCGAUUCCUCCCUUUCCUUGGUGGUUGACAAUGUCGCCGUCGUUUCCUCCGCCUCCGACGACGCUCGGCCGCCGUCCCCGGCCACUUCGCCCGGCGCUGGCAGCCGCGUCAAGCUAAUGGUUAGUUACGGCGGCCUCAUCCAGCCCCGCCCUCACGACAACACCCGCCUCGCCUACGUUGGCGGAGAAACCAAGAUCCUGGCGCUCGACCGAUCCGCCCGCCUUCUCGCCCUCCUCGCCAAGCUCGCCGCCAUCGCUCCCACGGCUCCUGACCCAGUUUGCAUCAAGUACCAGAUCCCUGGCGAGGACCUCGACGCCCUCGUCUCCGUCACCGACGACGACGACCUCGAGCACAUGAUGAUCGAGUACGAUCGCAUCCUCCGCGCCGCCUCUUCCACCUCGCCCAGAACUUCCGCUCGUCUCCGCCUGUUCCUCUUCCCCGUCGGGCCCCCUCCUCCGCCCCCUUCGGCCGCCUUGCUGGACGCCUCUAAUACCGUUCCCGUUCGUCCUCCUUCCAGGCAGCCCUCGCCGAGCCCCGACUUUCUCUUCGGCUUCGAUGACGGCUUCGUUCCUCCCCCCGCCGUGAAGGUCGCUGUAGAUCCGCCGCCGACGACGAUCGUGCUGGAGGACCAACCCACCGAGGCGCCGGCGAAGUCAGAUCCGGACAAGGACGAACCAAACCUCCGGAUCAAGGUAAGCGCGGAACCAGUCGCCACCGCACAAGCGGUGGUCACUGUGGCGGAGACCGAACGCCACGUGUACCCCAAGAACCUCCCCCCUCUCAUCCCGCGGAACACAAGCCAAGACGCCCUGCCCCUGGUUCAUCCCUCCGACUUCCGAGUCCCAUCGCCGCCGCAUUGGCCGGAUACGGUCGGCAGAUUCCCAUCGUUGUCACCCGGCAUCGACCAAACGGGGUACCUGCUCCAGGCCACGCCGGGGAUGUACCCCGGAUUCUUCCCCGCGCCGCCCAGGAUGACUGCGAACGCAGUCGGAGGAGGUGCGGAGGCGUAUGCCGGAGGAGGAAAACUGGCGUACGAUAGCGCAGGGCGUUUGGUAUACUGUACGCCAGUGGUGCCAUCGUAUCGGACCGUCACGAGCGUCGCGCUUAAACCGGUUGAGUCCACCGUAACGGCUUCCAGACCGCCACAAAUUGCCUAAGCUACUCAAUAACGGACAGAGAGUGUUAUUUUAUUUUAUUUCAUUUUAUUUGUGUGUGUGAUUUUACGGAUUACAAUGUCAUUUUUCAUGGUAAUUUGGGAUGUAGUUACUAAAUAUGAAUAUUGUUGGAACUUGAUGUGGAAGAUUCGAGUAGUUUUGAUUUGUCA